AUGCCAUAUCUUAAGGGAUACGAGACUCUUAACCUUGUUUUCUUUGAUGGGAUGAAUGGAAGCCUUAAGGAACAUAUAAGCUGUUUCAUUGAUGCUUUGGGUCCUCAUGCCGACGACUGCAACCUACGUCUCAGGGAGUUCUUGAAAACCCUAACUGAUCGUGCUUAUACUUGGUACACCACCCUCGCACCAGGAUCCAUCCAGACCUGGAAAGAGCUGGCAUGCAAGUUCUGUAAAAAGUACUUCAAGCAUAAGGAAAUGGUCAUGACAACUCAGCUCAACAAUACACGCCAAAAGUACGAGGAAGAUUUGGUGACUUUUGUCAAACAUUUUGCAGACAUCGCCCUUGACUACUAUGGCGAGAAUGACGAGGAAGCUCUUGUGGAGAUCUGCAUCAACAACAUUGUAGUUGACUACAGGGUGUACUUGAAGAACAUAAGUAUCAGCCAGUUCUUGAGGCUUUUAGAAGCAGUAAAGAAUACCAGCUUGUCAAUUAAGCCUUCUACGGGGAAAUCUUGGAAGACCUACAAGAAAGAAGCUCAUCAUACCCUAUCCAUGAAUGACAGAUUUGACUACAAUCCAAGAAAAAUGAAGGAAAUAAAGAGUGAUAGGGAAACCUAUCCUCCACUAGCAUGCAAUAAUGAGGAAUUCCAAGCCAUCCUCGAUACCAUGCUUGCAGAUGGGACCAUCAAGGUGCCUCGGUCGUAUAAAUCCCCUUCCAAGGAAGAUAGAAAGGAUCCCAAGUAUUGUCGUUACCAUCAGUAUGUGGGACAUCCCUAUAUUGUAUGCCAAACUUUGCGAAGAAUUCUCCAUGCAAAAAUCUGUGAAGGAACGCUAGAGCUGUCAUGCAAGACGCAAGCUAUAAACACUGACCCUCUGCCAAAGCGCUAA